CGGUUCCUCAUCUCCUUCCUCAUGCAUCACAGCAUUGCGCAGCCAAGCAACUCUUCAUCAAUCGCAUCGCUUUUCCCUUCCCUAUCACCCGGCCACCGGUCCACUGCGUGCUGUUCCUUGCUGUUCCGCCGGUGCCUGGAUGAUGCUGCAUGGCCGUUCGUCAAUACAGCUGCCUCUCCCGGUAAGGUCUACCAGCACGCCAUGAUGCAUACUAAGUUUUCUUGGAACCUACUAUAUGGGUACGAGGGUGAGUAUAUAGAGUGCCUGGGUACCUAGAAAGUUUUGCUCCUCAGCUUCUUCCUCGCUCACUCGACCUCUGAUCGUGUAAGACAAUAUGAGGGUUGCUUUGCUCAUCGCGCUCGCUGCGCUCGCUGCGCCUGCCCUUGCACAGUACGACGCAAAGCCAUCUGGCAAACCUGCAAAGCCGUCAAAGCCGCCGAAGCCUCCGAAGCCUUCAAAGCCCCCAAAGCCGCCGAAGCCCGACCAUAGUAAGCUCGUCUCACCAAAGGAGCUGAUCAAGGCCAUCGAUCUUGACGACCUACUUGCCGGCUCCCAACAACUCCAGACAUUCGCCGACGAGAACGGUGGCAACCGUGCUUUCGGAAGUGGAGGUCACAACGCUACCACCGAGUGGCUCUACCAGACCUUGAAGAAGACUGGAUAUUACGACGUCUAUAAGCAGCCCUUUGUUGAGCUGUUCACGGCUGCGACCGUUAGCCUCACUGCUGCUGGCGCACCUGUCCCGGCUGAAUAUCUCACCUACGGCCCGUCUGCCAAAGUUACCGCCAACCUCGUCAAGGUUAAUAACCUUGGAUGCAAUGUGUCAGACUUUCCCGCUGGUGUUUCUGGCCAAAUCGCCCUCAUCUCAAGAGGAACAUGCACAUUCGCCAUCAAAGCCACCAAUGCCAAAGCUGCUGGAGCUGUUGGCGCCGUAAUCUACAAUAACGUUCCCCUCCAGAGCCUUUCUGGGACGCUUGGUGGUGAGGGAGACUAUGCCCCUGUUGUAGGUCUUACUCAAGAAGCCGGUAAUGGUCUUCUUGCCAAAAUUGGGAAUGGCACAGUCUCGGCUAGUCUUUCUGUCGAAGCCAUCCGCGAGAACCGCACAAAUUACAACGUCAUCGCGGAGUCCAAACAGGGCGACCAUAACAACGUCCUUAUGCUAGGCGGACACACGGACUCUGUGUUUGCCGGUCCGGGUAUUAACGAUGACGGCUCAGGCACCAUCGGCACGCUCGUUACCGCUCUUGCCCUCACUAAGUUCAAGCUCAAGAACGCUGUUCGCCUUGGCUUCUGGGGCGCAGAGGAGUUUGGCAAGUUGGGCUCAUUCCACUACAUGAAGUCCAUCAACGGCACGCUCGGCGGCAACAGCACCGAGGUUUCCAAGCUCCGCGCAUACCUCAACUUCGACAUGAUCGCAUCGCCCAACUAUGUGCUCGGUAUCUAUGAUGGCGACGGCAACGCAUUCAACUUCUCCGGCCCCGCUGGCUCCAACACCAUUGAAAGGGACUUUGAAAUCUUCUACGAAGAGCGUGGGCUUCCUCACGUGCCCGCCUUGUUCUCUCUGCGCUCUGAUUAUGCCGCGUUUCUGGAGAACGGCAUUCCAUCAGGUGGUCUGUUCACUGGCGCUGAGGUCCUCAAGACCCCUGAGGAAGCACAGCUAUUCGGUGGCGAGGCUGGUAAGCCGCUCGACGGGUGCUAUCACCAAAAGUGCGAUGACAUCAACAACCUUUCCCACGAUGCUUACCUCCUCAACACCCAAAGCAUUGCAAACUCGGUUGCCAAGUAUGCAGUCAGCUGGGAGGGGAUACCACGACCCAACGCCACUCACCGUAAGAGGAGUGCUGAGAAGAGCAGGUUCAUGGCCCGCUUUGACCAGGGAGGUCAUGAGCAUCACGGCCAGCCGUGCGGUGCUGGAAAGAACGUGGUGUAAAGGACCCUAUGAGAGAUAAAGGUCAUUUACAUGAUAAAAUGAUGUGACGAUGAUGUAGAGUAGUAUAAAAAUGAAGUAAAAAUUCCAGUACCAUUGCAUUUUCUUCCCAAUACAAUGACUUUACUUCUGAUUCAG